GUAAGCAAUAUGGACUUUCUAGGAGAAAUUGUGGAACACGAAACGGAAACUCCUCAAGCACCAGUUCCUGUAUCUACGGGUGGAUUUCCAGAAUUAGGAAAACUCAAGCAAAAGAAAGUAUCACGAUGGAAGCAAAGGUUAGACAAGACCAAAUCGGAACCCCCAGCAGAUCAAGUGCAAGAGCAAACACAACCAGAAGUGCAAGUCCUCUCGGAAGCAGAGAAAAUCCAUCGGGAAAAUCUUGAAACAAUGUCUAAAAUGACUCAACAAGAAAUUCUUGCCGAACAACAAGAAUUACUCGAAGGACUUGAUCCCAAAUUGGUCCAAAGUUUACUAAGCAGAACUAAAAAGAGAUCUGACCAUGACCAUGACCAUAAACACGAACACAGGCAUGAACAUGCUGAAGGAUAUAAUGGAUGGAUUGGUGCUGUUCGUACACCCCAGGGAUUAAGUGAUUUAUCUCAAUUAGACAAGGAGGAUGUUGAUAAGGCGCUAGGAAUAUCUCACGACUUACCCAUUGAGGAUAUCAAAGAGAGAGACCCUUCCAAGAAAUCAGUCUCUUUCGACCAAACAGUCAAGACAGUCCGAUAUGAAGAUUUAGACGAAUCAGUAGAGUUGGAUCCAAACGGAUGGGAAGACGUGACUGACAUAAACGAACUCAUCCCUGACGAAAUCGCCCCUGAAGAAUAUCAAAUAAAUCCAGAAGAACCACAAGUUUCUGUUCAUUUCCCAAAACCAAAAUCUGAUGAUCUUGAUAUUAAUGAUCCCGAUUUUGACACAAAGCUUCAUGAAAAGUAUUAUCCUGAUUUACCUAUUGAGACAGAGAAACUAUCAUGGAUGAAGCCAGCACCUGAAACUGUGGUCACUACAUAUGAAUCAAUUUCCGAUAUGAGAUUUGAUUUCAAGGGUGAUAUCGUGGAAUUAAGAGACCUGGAUGACAAGCAAGACAUUCCUACAUAUAUGGGAUUACACCAUCAUUCGGAAAAUCCAAAUUUGGCAGGAUACACUCUUAGUGAAUUGGCACAUUUGUCUAGAUCAGUUCUUCCUGGACAACGAUGCAUUGCUAUACAGACCCUAGGUAGAAUUCUUUACAAGCUAGGAUCUCAUCACUAUAGCAUUGCCAAAACAGAUAAUGAGCAAUUUGAUGAACAAGUUCAAGAAAUGGCCAAUAAUUUCGAAUCUAUGAUUUGGGAUCUCAUUGAAGAGUUGAGAAUAGUUGAUUCGGUAACUGAAGCUAGUGAUGAAUCCAAAACGAGAAACCUAUCCGUGAGAAAUUAUGCCAUUGAAGCAUUAUGGUUAUGGAAAAAAGGAGGAGGCAGACCAAAAGCUGCUCUCAAGACUGAAGAAGAUGUAGUCGCAGAAGCACUUAGAUAGAGUAAAUGUAAAUAAACAUAUAGACCAGAAGGAGUAGGUAUGUUUGCACUAUAUAUAGCACAAAUCCACUCGUUCGAUUAAUUUCCAGUCAGACAAUCC